UGAAUGCGAGAUUCAGUGUUCUGCCAGUGCGGUUACAACUAGAAGGCCUGUCCCAACAACCAGAGCUCCUGUUGUAGACACAACUCUUUCUACUGCAUAUGUCCCAGAUAGCCGGAGGAUGUUUGCAGCCAUGAGAUGGACCCAGGCCCCUGCCUCUACAUUAUCCCCAAGUUCUACUGGGAUAUCAUAUCUCGCCGCUGCCUACCUUUCACGUACGGAGGCUGUAAAGGUGGACCCAAUCGCUUCUCCACUGAAUCUGAAUGUGAAGAAGUUUGUGGUUUUAAUAAUCCCAAUACCAAUGAAGUGGCGCCAGAUGAUGUAGACGAUUGUUCCGAGUACGUGGAGGAGUGCGCGACGAUCGCGUGCGAGAACGGCGUCCAGCGCACGCGCACCCUGGGCGGCUGUGAGCAGUGCAGCUGUGUGGAGGUGGACCAGGACUGCAGCACGUACCAGGAGGAGUGCGCGGCGCUGCACUGCGAGUACAGCGUGCAGCGGACACGCACGCCGAGCGGCUGCGAACGCUGCACCUGCGUGCAAGUAGAAGUAGACUGCGCGACGCUACAGAAAGAGUGUGACACUACCAAGUGCCAGUACGGCAUCUCCAAGUACGUCAGCGAAGACGGCUGCACCAGGUGUACCUGCUUGAAGCACCCUUGCGCUAACAAGAACUGUGCACCCGGGAAACGUUGUGUAGCCACAAGGUACAAGGUAUCGGUGACAGAUGAGAUGCAGUACACGGCUGACUGUAGAACCGUGAACAAGCCAGGCGAAUGUCCACCCCUGAAUCUACUGCGAGCUUUAACGGAGAGAAACUGUCGACGCGAGUGCAAUGACGAUGCGGACUGUCUCGGUGUCGGAAAAUGUUGCGUGCGAGGCUGUAGUCAGCUCUGUAUGGAGCCAACUCCUGCUACAACAUCAGCACCCACAAACAUUUACAAUCCAGGUGUACCGCAAGCUCCUCAACCUAGUGAGGAAAGAGAACCGGAAGUACGCGCAAGUGAAGGAGGAGUUGCGACCCUCAGAUGUCUAUUCCACGGGAACCCUCCGCCUUUGAUCACCUGGCGACGAAACGAAAUAACGAUCAACGGUGACGUCGGAAGAUAUCGUCUGUUAUCAGAUGGAGCGUUAGAAAUAGUAUCUCUGUAUCGUAACGACUCUGGAGUCUAUAUUUGUAUCGCGAAUAACGAAUUGGGGAGUGCCACGCAGGAAGUAACGUUGCAUGUUGAUGAUCCUGUGGAAGGACCGGCUGGUGUCGCUAACAUACCCAACGAGGAGAUCUUCGGAGACCUUGGCCAACCCCUCAGAAUCCGAUGUCUCGUGUACGGUUACCCAACACCGACUAUCUACUGGUACCGGGGUCUGAACGGGCCUAUGGUGCCCUACAGCAGCUCACUGUAUGAAGCUAGAGACAACGUCUUACUAAUCAGGAAACUGAACGAAGAGACUAUCGGAGAGUAUGCUUGUCACGCAUAUAACGGAAUAGGCUCGUCGGCGAUAUGGCCUUUUGUGGUUCAAGCGAGCCGACCCGACGGAUCUGUGGAGAUACCUAAACAUGUAACCCAACUUGAAGUCCCGGUUACGACCCCACAGAUACAAACCCAGGCAUCUACCACACCAGCACCAGAAAACCAGGUUCCACUCUACGCCGUGCCCGUGACAACCCGUAUCAACGCAGAGCGAACUCAAGUGGUGGCCGGCUCGGAGAUCAGAUUAGCAUGUGACGUAGAUGGCUACCCUGAGCCGCGUGUGCAAUGGACCAAAGACAGGAUGCAGCUCACAGCCACAGACAGGAUACAAAUCACAGAGACACGUUUAACAAUAUUCCGGGCACAGUCGAAUGACAGCGGCGAGUACAGCUGCGAGGCGGCAAACGAAUACACGUCACAUUCAUCUGUCAUCAACGUCACUGUCAAAGGUAUCUACAUACCACCAACGUGUGUGGAUAACCCGUACUUCGCGGAUUGUCACCUCAUCAUACGCAGCAAUUACUGUCGUCACAAAUAUUAUUCUAAAUUCUGCUGCAAGUCCUGCGUGGAAGCCGGACAGCUGGAAGCUGAAGAAGCGGAGCUGAUGCAGGCCGAUAUGUCAUUUAGAAGGAAGAAGUAACGAGAAAAUAACGGCUUAUUAGGGAGUUCUAACGCCAGUUAAUGUAUUAUAGAUAAAAUUUGAUAUCGAAAUUUACUUAAAUUAAAAAAAUAGAAAUAAAUUUCGUGAAAUAUGAAUUUUAAAACCGUUAUAAGCAUAAUAAUAUAUAUUAGGUUUAGAUUUUACUGUCAAAUAAAUUUGCAUGAAAACAAAUUUUAUUAUUUUAAGUAGGUAAUGAUAUUUUAAUAAAUUUAAAGAUUUCGAAAUAUCCAGAAUGUAAAAUGAAACAAAAGUGCCUUAAUAAUCUAAAAAGUGUGUACAAAUUAAUUAUUAUAAGAAAUUUGUAACAUAACAUAAAUGUAAUACAAACUCUUACGGUGUUAUUACAAACAAAAAUUUAAACAUGGCUUAGACACGUGUUUUGUUAAACAGUGUCUAACUAUUUAAACGACGUCUAAAGACACUAAACCACAUAAAGACACGGAUUCGUAAUAGGGCUUUUUUAUACGCUUUAUAUUAGCUUCACCUGUAUGUUUGUAUGUUUGUAACCGACUUCUUUGGGCGCGAUUUUGACCCACUUUAAACGGCUAGAUUCAAACUUUGUAGAUUUAUCGAGCACCGAUGACAUUACACUAAUUUGAUAAAAUUAUACUAAAAAAGGAAAAACAAAUAAUAGUUAAAAAAAACUAAAAAGCACGCUUUAUAUAAAAUUCAACUAAAAAAUAGAAAAUAAAUUUAAAUUGAAAAUAGUGUAAAAAACUAUAUAUGAAGUGUAGAAGAAUUAUUAUUUUAAUAAUAUCUUAAAAAGCACCCCACGCUUUUUUUACAAUAAAAUAUAUUUUUUUUACACUAUUUUCAAUUUAAAUUUGUUUUCUACUUUUUAGUUGAAUUUAAUAUAAAGUGUGCUUUUUAGUUUUUUUUAACUAUUAUUUAUUAAUACAAGUGUUUUGUAAUAACACCGUUAAUAUUUAUACAAGAUAGUAUUUAAAUUUUAUAUAUAGAAUAUUUACUAUACUAUUGUGAUCUCUCAUACUCACUCGCAAUAAGUUUACAAGAAUCUCUUUUUAUAUAAUCAAAUCUCAACUUUUUCUAACCUAAGAUUAAACGAAAUAUUAUACGAAAGAUAGUAAAAAUAUUAAGUUAAUUAAGUUUUCGAGAUACUUCACUAACGCCCUAUUCCUGAAACAACUUCAUUCCAGUUUUUAUAAUUAAUAACAACUUCCAAUGAAUGCAUUUAUAAACACAAUAAUUAUCUGAGCGAUCCAAAUAAAUAUAUAAAAGAGAAAUGAACUUAUCACUAACGUGCUAUUUUCUAAAUAAUUAAAUCGACUGUCACCAAACUGGAAUGGAAUCACUGGCCAGUAGUGAUUUUAUGGGUGGCCUAAAAAUUUUAUCAAAAUCGCUGAGUAUAUAUAUCUUAUAUUUGACUGUUCUAAUUGCACGCCUCGGCGAGUUUGUGGUUUAUAACCGACCUGUCGAGCUCACACGAUUUCCACACUUUAAAUUGCAUAUUUUUUUUCUAUUACUCUUACACAUUAUAAAAAGCACAUCAAUAUAAAGCUGAGACACAAAUGAAUAAUCCUGAUACUUUUUUUAAGUUGUCGAAUACGUACAUUAAAAAAAAUUAUCGUGGAAGUCCAGUAGUGUGUGGUUCAAAAAAACGGCGUGGUACGGAUAUCUCGAAAAGACUUAUACUAUUUUCACUAUUUUCACAAUUAAGCAGAGAAGGUUCCUUUCGAAAAUCAUUACUGUAAGCCUUCUCGUUUUUUUUUUAAACGCAGAUGAUUAAAUUUUAUUCGAAAUUUAACUUAAAAAAAAUAAAGCAUGAGCGUUCGAGGCGUGCACUUUUAGAUUUUCCAAUUUUUUAUUUUAUAUAUGUUUAUAGGACGGUUUAUAAGUUUCUUGUGACCCCUCUGAUGUUAUAAGAGUAAAGAUCGCGGUGGUAACAUACCAAUUACUCUCCAGUGACCCGUAUGCUCUCUUCUUCCAUAAAAAAAAUAUAUUAUAUCUUAGUAUGGGUACUGUAACAAAUCAAUUCCGGGGAAAAUAACGCACCAGCUACAUAAACAGAUACCACUAACAAAACAACGAAAACUAAUCGCAGAUAGAAACAAUACCUAUUUAAAUAUAUCGUGUCCAAGAAUAUGUAAAUAAAAAUGUGAAAUAGCUCUUCACACAACUAAUAA